ACUUUGGCUUAUUAUAACGAGAGUUGAGUCAAUUAACACAAACCAUACACAUGGUAACGUGUGUGAAGACGGCAAUUACUGAGUAUGAAAACGUAACCAGGUAACCGUACCGACGAGGCAACCAAUGAAAUUACGUGUCGUCACACCGCACCCGGAAGUCAUGUUCACUCAUUCUACCGGUUUCCUUAAGUGCCAGCGGUUGCAUUGCAUCUCAUGGUAGCACUGAGUACAAGACGCACGAGAGAUGUUGCUGCUGGUGUUGGGAGCCCUCCUCCUGCUCUUCUGCAGUCUUGAUGUAUGGUACUUCCUACGAGGGGCCCAGGUGUUCAUCCAGUCAUGGUUCCAAUCCAGAAUAUGGGACAUUCUAGCUGAGCAAAGCAUUGAUGGCAUGGUCCUUCCCCAUGAUUUGGACUACAUGGGCCACAUGAACAACUCUCGAUACCUGAGGGAGUGUGACUUUGCUCGCUUCCACCAUUACAUGCGAAACGGGCUGUUCAUGGCCUCACGCAAACUGGGGGCAAAAAUGGUGGUAGGGGCUUCCACCAUCCGGUACCGGCGUUCCUUGGUCUUCCGUGAGGCUUUUGAGAUUCGGACCAGAGUAGUGGGAUGGGAUGAGAAGGCUUUUUACUUGGAGCAGCGCUUUGUGUCCAAGAAAGAUGGCUUCGUAUCUGCGAUCAUGCUCUGCAGGCAAAAUGUGGUGCAUUGCAGCCCAGAUAGGAUUAUUGAAUAUGUUUGCAAAAGGAAGAUCGAGUGCCCCGAGUUUCCUGAGGACCUCAAACACUGGAUCAGCUUCAUUUCAGCCAGCAGCCAGGCCCUGAGAGCAGAGAGCGGACUGGAAGAGAAGAACAAGUGAAGCCACACCAUGUAUCAUGAGUGUAGACAAAUAUAAUUUGCACUGCACGCAGAUAUACAAUAUACAUCCAUACACACACAUACGCACACAGUUAAACAUCGUAGAGAGAUUUAGUUGACUUACAAUAUUCCACUUAUCUGUUUUUGGUCAAUCCUACCUGCUGUGUAUUUUUUUAUGAUGUGAACUGAAGUACUGACAUUAUAACAGCUGAAUAUGAAAACUUGAACUGUAAUGUAUUUCCUGUUUUAAAAUGCACUUAUGCACUGGGAUCACAGUGAAAUGUUCUCUCAGAAGAAAGUCAUAGAAAAACAUAGCUUUAUUCUUGCAGCUUAUUCAGUAGUUGAUUGUGAAUAGACAGGCUGUAGAUAUCUUCAUUCUCAUUUAGCAAAAUUCUCUAACUUCAGAUAAGCAUGUAGAGCAAAAGUUAAUCUUCCACUGACAUCAAUGCAUGUUUUGAAACAACCAGAGUAAUUUUUUGGUGCCUCUUAAAUUAAGUUAUAAUUUCAGAGAAUUAUAACGUUUUAUGAAAAACAUACAGUAGGUAUGAUGAAAUGCUUGAAUGGACAUCAUGAAUAUGUAAUGACAAAUUAGUUUUAAUCUUGCCAUUAGCAAUUUGCACAAAGUAACCCAAGGGAGUAAACAAACUGAGAGGGAAUAUUUGUUUUUGGGGGAUCCUUUCAUCAGUACAGUGUUGUUCUUUUACCAAAUUUAUUAUACAUGCAUUUAAAGGGUGGGCUUCUUUAAUGGCGUUCCAAAUGAUUUUUAGGAGAAAGUGCUAAAUUAAAAUUGGCAGGCCUGAUAAGUUAAUGCUAAUACUGUAUGAGGUUGCUGGCAACUUUUCAAAUCUUGCAACGCAUGACAAUAACUGAAUGUUUAAAUUUUGCUUGGUUUUUAUUGAGACAGCCUUUUGAAAUCUGGAAUCUUCCCUUUAAUACAUCAAAGCUUUAUUUUGUGACCAAAGUAAUGUAUUGUUAUUUAUGAAGUGGAAACAAAAUCAAUUUUUAAGGAAGAUGUAUACCUGACCUGUUAUUUAUGUUGUUAAUGCACAAAAUCUUAUUUACUUCCAUAAGUUUGAAGAUAUUUGUUGUCCUUUUUUAUUUUCCACUUUUAUUAUUUAUGAUUUAUUGAAAUGGAUAACCUACCAGACUUCAUUUAUUGUGUUUGUUAAUUAUUUAAUGGCAUUUUAAAUUAAAAAAAUGCAUU